CUUCUCAGUUCCAGGCAGCCAAGAUCGCCGCGCUCUGAAAAACACUCUUUUUCCUCACCAAUUGCAAAAACGGGGCAUGUGUUCCUCCUGGCCAGAUCCAUCUCCCAUUCCCAGCUGCUCCUGCUGAAUCAGGCUGCAAUAAUGUGCUGAAGCUGACCUGGCUGUUUGCUGCAAGGACGCUAGCCAGAUUAAUACCGAUGGAUUCUGGUAGGCAAAGCCAGAAACUUUUUUUCUAGUUUUCCUCUACAAAAAUUAAGAUAGCUCAUGAACAUUAAAGGGAUCGAAUCUGUACUUUUGACAUUCAGUGGCAUUCAGUGAUUUCUAUCUAUCCGGUAUUGCUACUAUUCCUUUCCAUGACAAUAUUGCCCAUUUCAUCAUGGGCCUCACUUUAUGAGUGCAUAGAGAGGUUCCAAUCUUUGUGCUACUAUUUAAUUUGCACAGCAGGAUCCAUACAAUCAAAUAAAUGGCUGAUCUCAAUAAAGAAGAGGAUGUAAAAUGCCUCAAGUGCUCUGCAACAUUUCAACCAAGCAAUAGUGUAUAUUCUUGUCCCUAUUGCAAAAAGGAUUCUGUGUCCUCUGGAGUAACUGUAGUAGAAACCUCAGAUGUAACAACUGAUAAAGCAAAUGAGAAUUUAGAACCUGAAGAAGGCCCCUCAAGAAAACAAGUAUCUUCUUUAGAAGAUAUGUCAAAGGCAGACUUAACAGACGUUCACAAAAAAAUACUUGUUACCCCAGGCAUUCGUGGCAAUAUUGCGGAAUGCAAAAUCCCACAUACACGAAUAGAUGAUGGAGCAGCUAUUCAGCAAAUUUAUUCUUUUGGAAGGAAAUUAGGACAGGGCAGCUUUGGAGUAGUGAUUGAAGUAACACACAAAGAAACAGGCGUAAAGUGGGCAAUGAAGAAAGUGAACCGUGAAAAGGCUGGGAGUUCUGCUGUAAAGCUUCUUGAACGAGAAGUAAGCAUUCUGAAAACAGUAAACCAUGAGCAUAUAAUACAUCUUGAAGAAGUGUUUGAGACACCAAAGCGGGUGUAUCUUAUAAUGGAGUUAUGCGAAGAUGGAGAACUUAAAGAGAUUCUUCAAAGAAAAGGUCAAUUUUCAGAGAAUGAGACUCGGCAUAUAAUCCAAAGUCUUGCAUCAGCAAUUGCUUAUCUUCACAAGAAAGAUAUAGUUCAUAGAGAUUUGAAAUUGGAAAACAUUUUAGUUAAAAGCAGUGACAUUGAUGAACAAAAUGAAAUGAAAUUAAACAUAAAGGUAACUGAUUUUGGUUUAGCUGUUCAAAAGAUGGGAGGAAGUGAAAGCAUGUUCCAGUCUACCUGUGGGACUCCUAUUUAUAUGGCUCCAGAAGUGAUAAGUGCACAUGACUAUAGCCAACAGUGUGAUGUCUGGAGCAUAGGUGUCAUUAUGUAUAUGUUAUUAUCUGGCGAAUCACCUUUUAUGGCAAGUUCAGAAGAAAAACUUUUUGAAGUUAUAAAAAAAGGAGAACUUCAUUUUAAACAAUCAGUGUGGCAAUCAGUCAAUAUAGCUGCUAAAAAUAUACUGCGGCUGCUUCUGAAAGUAGAUCCUGCCCACAGAAUCACUGCAAAUGAACUGCUUGACUGCCAGUGGAUCACAGGUGAAACAGACAUUGUUCAAAGGCCAUUUAAUGUCCUUGAGUUAAUGAAGAAGUGGAAUAGCAGCGGUAGCAGCACUACAGAAGUAGCAGUUUUUGAAGAUGGACUAAAUGGUGCAUCGCCUGCUUCACAACUGGAAGAAAUUCGUGGAGAACAAGAGAGCCCCAUUAGCAGCAAUGGCAAUUCAGACCCCAAUAUAGAAGCAGAACCAGAGAGUGGGAGCAGCAAACCCUCAACACCAACAAAACAAACUAACAAGAAAAAAAGUCAUAUCAAUGUUUUACCAAAUGGGACUUAUAGAAAGAAGAGUUCAGCUGUCAAAUCAACCUACAGUAUUCAGGCUGGAGUUGGAUCAUUGUCUCCAAGACUCGCUGCAAAACGCACAGAUAAUCAAGAAAAGAAAAUUGAGAUAGAGAAGUCUUUAACCCAAGGACUUGCAAGCAAAAAUACACAAAAACCCAGUGCCCAUGGUGGUUUACACAAAAACAAGAAGAAAUCUUAGAAGAAUCCCACUCUUCAAAAUGUUCAUGAAUGGAUAGCAUUUUAUGCAAAACAAAUGGACCUGUAAAAUUCUCUUACAACUGUGAAGACUGAAUUCAAAGCUUUUGCUUUGAUAUCAUGAAAUGUACAAAAGUCAUGGUUUUGAAGUUGGAAUGUCCAGGUUUGAAUUUCCACUUUAUUUUGAUUUAUUAGGGUAAUCUUAUCUCUCUAAUCAAAUGUGUUUCUCUUAAGGCCCCACAAAAAUUGAUGGGAGUCACAUUUAAAAAUGGUACCACAUAUUUCGGAAUGUCCCUUAGUCCCUUAAUAUUUUUUGGCACUUUUAUAUUGUAAUUAGAUAGGUUGCCUAUGCUGAUGCCUGCACAGCUACUAGCAGUCACUUUAUUUGGAAAACUGUAACAAAGUACCUAAUUUGACAAGGCCUCAACCAACAGCAUGUGAAUCCCUUCAAAAAUGGCUUUAAUCACUCUUUCAUCUUAUCUAUGUGAAUAUUGAAAGCUAUAACCCAAGGGUGUCAAACUCAUGGUGUCAUGGCGGCAUCACGUGACUUCCCCCCCCUUGCUAAACUGGGCAUGGGUGUGGCCAGCGUACGACGCAUCUGGCCCAUGGACUAGGAGUUUGACAACCCUGCUAUAACCCAUUUGAAGAAAGUUCUGAUAGUGAAUCAUUUUGCUUACAUAAAAAGAGUGGAUUAUAUACCAAAACUUUACUAAUUGGUCUUACACCUAGGGAGGCAAAAGAAAAGGGAUGGGUGAUAUUUAAAAUCUUUGGAUUGUGAUAAAUAAAUGUAUAUAUUUGGAAGACAUGACAGAAAUUCUUUGUCUUUGGUGCUGCGUAUAGUAAACUUUUGAAAUAGACGUGAUGUAUUAAAAUGUCAAACUUUAUUAUCAGUUAUUAUCCCCCUUCCCAAAAGAUUAUAGAAAUUAGGAUCUAGGAUCAUUUUUAAUACUUUUUUCUCUGCUUUUUAACACUAUAAAACAUGCAUGGUUGGCGAAUCCCAUGCUUGAUAAACUGUGUUUUGAAUUCAGUAUCAAUUUUCUCAGCAGCAAUGCAUGAGAAUGUUAACAUUCUUGCUGAGUAGCAACAAGUUGCAAGAAUUAAUAUAGAAUUUUCAUUUGCUUUAAUCUUAUCUGUUUAUCAUUGCCUUAUUUGAUAAAUAGUACAAGUUUGUACUUCCUCAAAACACAGCAAAUAUAAAAGAGUAUAUAAGGCAACAGGCUGAAAGGUAAGAUUGCUGCUGAAAUGAAAUGUGAGAAGGAC